AUGAAAGGGUGCCUAGCGAUCAAUCGUCCCCUAUCUAACCUGCUCCACAUCGACAACCACCCUACCCCCCGGUGGAUCGCAAGUCUCUCCCAUGCCACCUUCAAGGUCCGCACAAACAGCCAGUCCAACCUUUCUAGCCUCCCUCGCAGUUCUAGUAAACUGGAUCGCCACACCAAGUCGCAGUGUUCCGCUAGUGCGACAAUCCCGCACCCUGCCUUGCGUCUAUUGCCGCACCGCCUCGUUGCGAUCGGCACCUGCAGCGUGCAGCUCGUCUUUAUUGGAGAUCUCCUCCCGUCUCCCUGA